GAUGGCUUCCCAAAUUCCCGGUAUAUUCCACUGCAUUUUGUCUCGCAUUUAUAGAAAUAAAACAUAUGUGAUGUUACAAGGCUACUUCUUAUUUACCAAAAAAUACCGUAUGCUAUGUACCUGGGAACGGAGCAUCAAGGUAAAGGACUGUUAUCUUCUUUUGGGAGUAGAUUGGAGCGCCACUGUAAUAGAUGUGCGAGAAGCUUAUCUGAAGCUCGCCAAAUUAUAUCACCCGGAUUGUGGAAGAAACACGGCUGAUGCAGCAAAAUUUUCAAAAAUAGAACAUGCUUAUAGAGUGGUCAUGGAUCAUGUAACAAGUGCGUCCCAGAAAGGCUCAGAAGUAAGCGAUCAAGACUUCGAGAAGGAGAUAUUUGAUAUUCAUCACACGGCACCACAACAUAGGCAAUACUUAGAAUAUGAGGGAAUUGGAUUUGGCUCACCCUCCAAGAGACAGAAGCAGUAUCAACAGCACCGUGUGCAGAGAGCUUCAGACAAAGUGAUUGAUCAUAAAUAUGGGCACUUGGGAGAGCAAGAAACAUCCAUUGCAGAACCUGAAAAGAGGGCUAUAAGAAGAUCAAAGCACUCCAAGGUCAUUGACAGACUAGUGGAGGACCUCAUUCAGGAGGCCAUGUCCAAAGGAGAAUUUAAAAACCUAGCAGGAAGUGGAAAACCACUUAAGCUUGAGCAGGAUGUCUAUAUUGAUUCAACAACUCGAAGGCUCAAUAAAGUAUUGAUCGAUUCAGGAUUUGCACCCGAAUGGAUUGCGCUUGAGAAAGAGAUCAGACUUGAUAUUGAGAGACACAGAGAGAACCUUUUGCAGAAACGAAAGAAACUGGGGCCUAGUCCUUUGACUUUACUUUCAACCGAUAAGUGGGAGCGUCAUCUUAAGGAAUUUCACGACAAGUUGCGGGACACUAAUAAAAAAAUCGAUAAAUUCAACAUGAUUGUACCCAUUCUAAAUAAACAAAAAGUUCACGCAAACUUUCACAAGGAAGUCGAUAGAGUCGUCAAGAUUUACGGAUAUGGAAUAAUGGAAUCUAACGUCGAAGAGCCUCGCAAAGACGCCGGCGACGAGAAAAGGAGCGAUGAAUCUGAAAGUUUUACCUGGAAUUUCCUCCAGAAACUUCUGGGAAACUACAAGAUCGGGUUUCUGGAAAGAUUCACCGAAAGCGAAAAGACGAUAAAGUAGUUUUAGUCAGAAACCAUUUAUUUAAAUACAAUUUUGUGAUAUUCGACUGUC